UUGUCCAAUCCCAUCACUGCUCUCGACUGCUGGAGUAUCACAAUCAAGUGCCAGAGCGCUAGGACCAGAAGACUGAUGCCGAUCACCCCUCGAAGGAUAUCAAUUAAUUUUACUUUACAUACCUUCGCGCAGUUUUACCAAAUAAAAGAGCCUAUUUACUAGAAAUAUUCAGAAAUUGUAUAUUGCAUCCUGGCCGGAUACGAAGAUCCAUAGCCUACCAGUGUGGAUUUGUGUUGAAAGACAUUUCUGAGGUUCCCGUGAAAGAAGUGCUGUUUCAAGCGGAAUGGGACCUUUCCAAGAAUACGAGGAACAGAAGAAGCAAGAGAAGGAAACCCCCCGCAGUCGCAUUCCUCGCCUUGUCCUUCGACCGUACCGCCCUGACCAGAAAGGAUCGCUGGUGUCAGAAUCCCCAUUUUCAGAAGAGGAGAGUUCUGGACAUUCUGGAAGAACCAUUAGCAGCAAUAGCUUUUCCUCAGAUGACACUGGAUGCCCAAGCAGCCAUUCAGUGUCCCCUUCUAAGACUUCAUCAGACACAGAAAUCAGCCCAAUAGGCUUUCCUUCUCCUGAUGAAGAAAAGGAAAAUGUAAAGAAAACAAAAACCGAUGCCAUGGCUGAAUGGAAUGCUCCUCCCGGACGCUACAAGAGGGAACCAUGGCCAUGUCCAUUACAAAGAGGCAGUGAAGCUGACUUUAGUUCCUCAAGCAGUGCAGGCAGCAUUUCAGCACGGGAAGCUUCUGUGGCUGCACCAGGAAGCAAGAAGUCCUCUCUUACCCGCAGCUACAGAAGAACAAGCAUGGGUAGAUAUGCUUCCUGUGGUGACCACCAUGGCAUUAAACCACCAGCACCUGAGCAGUACUUGACUCCUCUGCAACAAAAAGAGGUUGCCAUUAGACACCUUAAAACUAAACUGAAGGACUCUGAGACCAGGCUUCAUGAAAAGGAAACUGAGAUCGAAGAACUGAAGACGCAACUGAGCCGCAUGAGAGACGACUGGAUUGAGGAGGAGUGUCAUAGAGUUGAAGCUCAGUUGGCCCUUAAAGAAGCAAGAAAGGAAAUAAAGCAACUGAGACAGGUGGUUGAAACCAUGAAGAACAGCCUAGUGGAAAAGGACAAAGGGAUUCAGAAAUACUUCAUUGACAUUAACAUUCAAAAUAAGAAGCUGGAGUCUCUGUUGCGCAAUAUGGAGUUGGCUCAGAAAGGGUCUUUGGGAGAUGAGCCGACUCUUGACUACAUUUGUACUUCGCCAGGCAAAUCCUUAGCUGGCAGUUCAACCUUUACCAAGGUGGAAGAUGGCAUGGCUCUGGAGGAUCAAGCAGCUGAGGAGAUGGCAGAUAGUGGCUUGCUUGUGAAUGACGAGAUGGCAAACAGGACGGAUUUCUUUGAGCAUAUCAUGUUGUCUUCUACAAUUGAACCAAUCGAUGACUCCCAAAUAAAGUUCAGUGCAGUUCAGUCCAAGAUGGUUAAAAGCGCAACAUAUAAGAAGAUACCUGCCCUGCCUUAUGGUAAUGUCCCCAUGAUUGAAGGUAAAACGGUGGUGACUGAAAAAGCCAUUCAGACCGAUGUUGUCCCCUGUGCUUCUGAUAUGCAAAACCUUCUCCUGCAUCUGAUGAAAUCGCAAUAUAUCGCCACAUUUUCUCCAGCUGCAGCUCAUUCUUUCACUGAAUACCCCAAAGCAGUACUAAACUUAACUCCCAGUGAUCCGAAUUCUGCUAUUUUUGCGUCCCCUGAAAAAUCGGAGGAUUCGGGCAUCUGUUCAGCGUCCAUUGAGAACCACAUUAUGAAGGAACUUGAUUUCGAUUCACUGGAUGAGGUGUCAAUUAGUAGCAAUCAGCAGACCACAGCAGUUGCGGAAAGGCAAUACUGGAGCAGAAGUUUCUUGCUGGAUCUUCUGGCAGUAGCUGUUCCACUUGUGCCGACAGUGGCAUGGCUAUUUUCAACCCAAAGAGGAGGAACUGACCCAGUUUAUAACAUUGGGGCACUGCUGCGUGGGUGCUGUGUUUUGGGCUUGCACAGUCUUCGUCGUGCACCUUCCACUGUGUAUUGUCCCAACAUUCAAACCCCUAACACCCACUAAAUGCACGAGUCUAAUCAAGAGCCCUUAAAUAUUAAAAAAACAUUUUAUAUAAUACAGGAUAUUUCUUUUUUUGGGCACUGUCACCCUGUAAAGUGUUUGCACUGUUUCAUUUAUAUACAGUAACUACUAUGGAAAGUUGUAAUACGUAAAACAAAGAAAUUAGUUAUAUGUGCAUAAGUCCAAUUGUGGUGUGUGUUGAUUUCAAAUACUGGAUAAAUGGUUAUGUUUUAAUUACAGCUGUUAUUGAUGCAAAUUAACUUAAGAAAUGCUGAUGUCCCUGUGUACAAAUGUCCCAAACCCUGUUGUUGUCAUUUUUGGUGAAUUAGAUUGAUUUCCAUAGUUCCUUGUGCUAGUGUAUUACAACUGUUUGUAUUUGUGCAUUCUAUGUCUUAUUAUGUAAAUGCUAAGAUGCUUAAAGUACAAAUGAAACCCAUCAAUGUG